AUUUCAAGACAAAUAGCGACGGGCACACUGUAAAAUAAACCGUGCUGCCUAACAGCAGGUAAUUUUCAAGCCAACAAAAUUUCAUAAGAUGAAUGGGAGAUUGAUAUCAAGUGCCAUCCGAGUCCUCCGGUUGAGCCACAGUAGCCAGGGGAAAUUUCCUACCGCCGGAAUCGCAGUGCGCCGUCAAUACGCCACUCCACCAAAGCGGUUUUACAAGAAGACCUCCGUGCUGAGCGGCGACGGAGGCUACGAGGUGGUGCUGGACCAUCGAAAACUGAAGACACCUAAGGGCAUUCCCUUUGUCGUGCGCAGUGAACCACUGGCCAUCGCGGUGGCCACUGAGUUCGAUGCCCAAAAGGAACACAUCGAGCGGUCACGCAUGCACCUUUCUGCCCUCUGCUUUACGGCCAUCGACAAUCCGAAUCACCUCAGCAAGCUGGACAUGGUUAACUACCUACUUAACUUCAUCGGCACCGACACGGUGCUUUUUCAGUACGACGACGAGAAGGACCUGCAGGAUCUGCAGCUGAACGAGUGGGACCCGGUUAUCGCCUGGUUCAAUCAGCGCUUCGACACGAACCUUCAGAAGACCCUGAACAUCACACCACCACAGGUCAGCGAGCAGGAUAAGAUGAAGGUGGCCAAGCACUUUCAGUCGUUUAACCUGGAAACGCUGCACGGCUAUAUCUUCGCUGUGGACACUUUAAAGUCGAUUGUCCUGGCCUGCGCUGUCAUCGAGCAAAUGCUGACUGUAGAGAAGGCAGUGGCACUGGCUCGUCUGGAGGAGGAGUACCAACUCAAAUUCUGGGGUCGCGUUGAGUGGGCCCAUGAUCUUAGCCAACAGGAACUGCAAUCACGGCUAGCGGCUGCCGUACUUUUUGUGCACCUCAACUGUUCGGAAAACUUUGUUAAGGAAAAAUUAAUUCUUUAAAAAAUGUUGGAAAGAACUUUUUAAUUUGUUAAGGUAUAAUAAAACUUAGCUAAAAAAAAUAUAGAUUGAUAUACAUUACAGUAAA